AUGGCCAAACAAAACUUUUCUAUCUUUGUGCAGCUGCUGAAAUCGCGAGGAUUUAUUAACUUAAAGCAUGUAACUAGGAAUGACAAGAGUUUUUUCCUUGCUGAUUAUGGUCCUCCGGGAACUCUGUUGCGACGAAAUGUGUUAAAACAGUGGUGGAAAGUCAUGGUUCUUCAACAAAGCAAUGUUUUUCCUGUUGAAAGCUCAGUGUUUCUGCCAUCUCCAAAUUUAGAGGCUUCUGCUUCUAG